AUGAAAAAGAAGCAUUUGGAGUCGUUCUUGUCUGCAAUUGAAACAUUUCAAAAUCCUAAAGUACGUCUAGAGCAGUAUUCAACUGGUAUUGAACUCGCAGAAGCAAUUCUAAGCUCAAUAUACGACGAAGAAUGCAUUGAUAACUGCGCAGUGGCAGAUUUGGGUUGCGGUUGUGGUAUAUUACUGCUAGGAGCAGUCAAGCUUGGUGCGAGAUACGGUGUAGGUGUUGAAAUUGAUGAAGAAGCUAUCAAAAUUUGCCGUAAUAAUUUGAAGCAUUGUCAACUGGAAAAUUGUGUGGAUAUAAUUUGUCUAGAUGUAACGAAAAAUAUCACCGCUUUGAUGCCUGUGUUCGAUACUGUUAUAAUGAAUCCGCCAUUUGGUACUAAAAAUAAUGCAGGUUUUGAUUUCGCUGUAAAUUUAGGAAUAGAUCUGCAGUUUGUCGAAGCUGGUUUUUCGCUUUUAAAGCAAGGCGGAAAACUUUUCUCUCUACACAAAAGCAGCACGAGACAUCACAUUAAAAAAUUUGCUGAUCGAAAAAAAAAGAGAGGUAUUAGUGGCGAGUGUAUCGCAGAACUUGUAUGGGAUUUACCUGCUACAUAUGUCUACCAUAAACGACAAUCGGUCGAUAUUCAAGUUGAUUUGUGGAGAUUUUCUGUAGAUUCUGAAGCUUCUGCAACUUAG